AUGCUCGACAAUUGGAACGACUCCUUUGCCAAAUCACAGCUCGAGAAAUACGGCUGGAAAAAGGGUGAUGGCCUUGGCAAGAACAAACAUGGCAAUACCAAGCACAUUACAGUCAAGGUCAAGAAUGAUACCAAAGGCAUUGGUGGCAAUCAACAACAAUGGGACUUUGCGUGGUGGGAUCAUUUAUACAACAAGAGUGCAAGCUCGGUGACAGUGGAAAAGGAUGAAAGCAAAGAGAUCAAGGUGGCUGUCAAGAAAAAGAGUGCUGAACGACGAUCAAAGACUGGCAUCAUUAGUACGCAUCGACCUACUGGUACAUCCGCCACGACCACAACCACAACAUCAUCCAUGGCAUCCAUUGCAGAGGAACAAAACUUGAUGGAUAGUGUCAAGAGUGUCCAUUCCUGUAUGGCUCAAACGAUUGCUCGAACAUCUCUUUACAGUGGAUUUGUCAAGAGUUCAAAUGUUUUGGUUGGAACAAAUACCCAAAAGAAUGACGACAAGGAAAACGAUGACGACGAUGAGGAUGAUGAGCAAAAGGAUUAUUCGAUCAAGAUGACGGAUGAGGAACUCUUUGCAGCAUGUGAAGGACGAACAGCACGUAAAGGUGGGCGUGGUCUCGUAGAACAAAAAGGCAAAUACGCUCGCGUCAUGCAAGAUUACAUCCAUAAGCGUGAAGCCAGCGAUGAUGAGCAAGUCACUGACAAGAAGAGGAAACGAGAGGAUAAGGAUGAAGAGGCAUCAUCGACCAAGAAGAAGAAAGCCAAAAAGGAGAAAAAGGACAAGAAGGACAAGAAGGAAAAGAAGGAAAAGAAGGCCAAAAAGGAGAAAAAGAAGGCCAAAAAGGAAAAGAAAUAG